AAAUGCAACAACACUCAUCUUUCCCAAUAUAAGUUUUUACUACCUAACAGCAACUUUUGUUUCUCAAAACAUAAUUUUGUCUUAUUUACUAAAUUGGUAAAAUAUGUCGCUAGCUAUCGCAGAGGUUUACACGGUGAGGAAGUUUCACAGAGAGAGUAUGAAGAAACCGGCCAAACCGACGGUUACCGGCGAGGGAGAUGAAAAGAUUGCCGGAGGAAGUUUCAAGGAGGCGCCGGUGAAAUCUGGUGGUAGUAGAAGAUUCGGACGGUGGUUUGUUGGAAAGCCAGGAAUGAAGAAAAGCUCUGCUAAAGUUUCAGAUCCCAUGGCGAUUGAGUGAUAAAGAUUAAAGAAGAAACAAAAACUUUUCUU